UUAAGACCAGCUAUUUGCUAGCCUAUGAUGUUUUCAGGUUUCUCUCACUUUGCUCUCACUAGCUGUGUUUCUGGCGCUUGCUUUCUGUGACUAUGAUUGAAGUUCCAGAUAGAUCCAUUCGCAUCUGUGCAGACCGAGGAGGGACAUUUUGUGAUGUUCAUGCAUCGUAUCCUGACCCAGGCAAUCCAAACGAGCGGAAAGAUAUCAUCGUCAAACUUCUGUCACAGGACACAGCCAACUACGGCGAUGCACCAACGGAGGGUAUCCGGAGAGUGCUUGAAAUCGUGACAAGAGAGACGAUCCCCCGUGGGUCUGUACUUGAUACUAGCAAGAUCGAUUAUAUCCGUCUAUCGACGACCGUGGCGACAAACGCGCUGCUGGAGCGCAAGGGGCAUCGGCAUGCAUUGCUUAUCACAAAGGGAUUCAAGGACCUCCUUCUCAUCGGGAAUCAGUCACGCCCACGUAUCUUUGACUUGAAUAUUCGCCGCCCAAACCCUUUGUACUCUGAGGUCGUUGAGGUGGAUGAGCGCGUCACUCUUGUGGGGUACACUUCGGAUCCCAAGGCAGAGGAUAACGCUAUCAAGUGGAAUGAUGAUGGGUCGUCCAUUCAAAGAGGCUAUAGGGGUCCGGGGUGGGAUGGGGAAGGUGAUGCUGAAGGUCCGGGAGACAUUGUUCGAGGGAUUUCGGGAGAAGCAGUGAGGAUCUUGAAGAGACCAAAUCUGGACCUUGUGAGGCACGACCUACAGCGACUGUACGACGCCGGAUAUCGAUCUCUUGCGAUCGUCCUUGUUCAUUCUUACACCUUCCCCGAACACGAAAUACAAAUCGGCAAGCUCGCUCGGGAAGUCGGGUUCACACAGGUCUCAGAAUCCUCGCAGUUGUUGCCCAUGAUCAAGAUGGUUCCUCGUGGCGUAUCAUCCACAGCGGAUGCAUAUCUCACCCCUAUCUUGCGAGAGUAUCUAGACGGAUUCUUCCACGGUUUUGAUGCGAAAUUGAAGGAUGGACGGAUAAAGAGUCCCCGUGUGGAGUUCAUGGGUAGCGAUGGGGGGCUUUUAGACCUUAAUAACUUCUCGGGCUUGAAGAGCAUUCUAAGUGGCCCAGCAGGAGGCGUCGUCGGGUAUGCGUUGACGAGCUGGGACGCAGACAGGAAAUACCCUAUCAUUGGUCUUGAUGUAGGUGGGACAUCGACUGAUGUAUCUCGCUUUGAUGGCCGCUACGAAGUGGUUUACGAGACGACAACCGCUGGAGUCACUAUCCAGUCUCCACAGCUGGACAUCAACACUGUUGCAGCUGGUGGAGGUUCUUGCUUAACCUUCAGAAACGGCUUGUUUCUUGCAGGACCCGAAAGUGCUGGUGCACAACCAGGUCCUGCCUGUUACAGGAAAGGGGGUCCGCUAGCGGUUACAGACGCCAACUUGCUGCUAGGCCGCCUCAUCCCAGAUUACUUUCCCAAAAUAUUCGGAAAGUCAGAGAAGGAGCCCCUGGACUCGAAUGCAUCGCGUGUGGCCUUUGAGCAGGUCGCGAAAGUGAUCAACGACAGUCACGAAAUGAACCUUGGCUUGGAUGACAUUGUAUACGGGUUCAUCAAAGUUGCCAACGAGACGAUGUGUAGACCCAUCCGUGCACUAACGGAGGCGCGGGGAUAUUCAACAGGAAAGCAUGUACUCGCAAGCUUUGGUGGUGCAGGUGGACAACACGCCUGCGAGAUUGCAAGUUUGCUUGGCAUAAAGACCAUCCUCAUCCAUCGAUACAGCUCCAUUUUGUCUGCAUACGGACUGGCAUUAGCAGACCGUGCAUUCGAGCUCCAAGAGCCCUCAUCAACGUUCUACUCUGUGCAGACACGCCAAUACCUCAUCGCCCGUCUCGAUAAACUUACCGGCGAUGUUAAAGCCGAGCUUGGGCGCCAGGGAUUCGAGGGCGACCGCGUGAGGGUCGAGCGGAUGCUGAACAUGCGGUUCGAGGGCACUGACACUGCACUCAUGGUUCUUCCUAACCAGAAUGAUGGCGAUGGCACCGAAGACUUUGAGGCUGCAUUUAAGCGCGUGUACAAGGCAGAGUUUGGCUUCCUACUUGAUACCAAAAGCAUCAUCGUGGAUGACGUAAAAGUUCGUGGCAUUGGAAAGACGUUCGACCACCUCGGGGAGUCCGUCUACUCGGAGGUAGAUCGGCUUGAAACGAAACCCGUCACAUGUGAUCGAGCAGAUUCGGCAUACAGCGUGUACUUCGAUAAAAUAGGCCGUGUGGACGACACACCUGUGUUCCUUCUAGACAACCUGGGCGUAGGCGAUGAAAUCACGGGCCCCGCGAUGAUCAUUGAUAAUACGCAGACUAUAGUCGUCGUGCCAGGCGCGCGCGCUGUGCUCACUACCAAACACUUGUAUAUCACACUCGGAGAGUGAGUGUUCGUGGUUUUUGAGUAGGGAGUCACUGCUCGUCGGUGAUGUUCACUGUAAUUGUAUGUGUUGUCGUCGGGAAACAUCCAGUGUGGUAUAGCACUAGUGUGCAAAUUUGCACUCAUCGACACGGGUUGAAACUAAUGUCUUCAAGGAGCUAUCAACUGUAUUGACUAUCUCCGUUUAAAUAAUUUGCUAAUAUUACAUAAACUGCAGGCAAUCGAUUUCGGCCC